AUGGCACAGCAAGUGAUUCAGCUGGAUCAAGAAAAAUUGAGCUGUUCCAUCUGUCUGGAUCUCCUAAAGGAUCCAGUCACUAUUCCAUGUGGGCACAGCUACUGCAUGAGCUGUAUCAAAACAUAUUGGGACGAGAAGGAAACCCACAGUUGCCCCCAGUGCAGGAAGACUUAUACAGUGAGGCCUGUCCUGGUGAAAAACAGCAUAUUUGCUGAGUUAGUGGAGGACCUAAAGAAAGCAGGACUUCCAGCUGCUUUGCCUGAUCAUGCCUAUGCUGGACCUGAAGACGUGGCCUGUGAUUUCUGUUCUGGGAGGAAGCUGAAAGCCUCGAAGUCCUGCCUGGUGUGUAUGGCUUCUUACUGUGAGCAGCACCUCCAGCCUCACUACAACAUAGCUCCACUAAAGAAACACAAGCUGGUCAAAGCCACUUCAAAGCUUCAGGAGAACAUCUGCCCUCGCCAUGAUGAGGUGAUGAAGAUCUUCUGCCGCACUGAUCAGCAGUGUAUCUGUUAUCUCUGCUUAAUGGAUGAACACAAAGACCAUGUCACAGUGUCAGCUGCAGCAGAAAGAGCUGAGAAGCAGAAAGAUCUAGCAGGGAAUAGACAGAACCUCCAGCAGAGAAUCCAGGACAGAGAGAAAGAUAUGAAGGUGCUUCAUAAGGAGGUGGAGGCCAUCAAUCUUUCUGCUGAUAAAACAGUGAAGGAGAGUGAGGAGUUGGUCAAAGACCUGAUCAAUCUAAUUGAGAAAAAAAGCUCUGAGGUGAAGCAGAAGAUCAGAUCCAAGCAGAAAACUGAACAGAACAGAGUCAAAGAGCUUCAGGAGAAGAUAGAGCAGGAGAUCAGGGAGCUGAGGAGGAGAGACACUGAACUGGAGCAGCUCUCACUGACUGAGGAUCACCUCCAUUUUCUGAAAAGCUACUCCUCACUGUCACAUCUGAGUGAAUCUACAAACGUACCCACUAUCAGUGUUCAACCUCAACAGUACUUUAAGGAUAUGAUGAUGGAAGUAUCAAACCUCAGAGAUAAACUGCAGGCCGCUUUGAGUGAAGAGCCAACAAACACCUGUCAGAAAAUGACUCAAGUGGAUCUAAAAGAGCCCGUAACUAGACAUGAGUUUUUGGAAUACGCCUGUCAGAUCACACUGGAUCCAAAGACUGCAAAUCCAUAUUUAUCUCUGAGUAUGAGCAACAGGAAGGCAACGCUGACGCAAAUCGAACACUUGGUUUCCAGUCAUCCGAAAAGGUUCUUACCAUGGUGGCAGGUGAUGAGUUCUGAUGGUCUGACUGGAUGUUGUUACUGGGAAGUAAAGUGGAGUGGUAAAGUUUUAAUUGCAGUUGCAUACGAUAACAUUAGUAGAACAGGAAGCAGGACUGAAUGUGGAUUUGGAAAUAAUGAGAAAUCGUGGGCACUGGAAUGUGGGACUGGUAAUUAUGUAUUCAGACACAACAGCAUUUCCACUUUAAUCUCAGGCCCUCAAUCAUCCAGAAUAGGAGUAUAUUUGGAUCACAGGGCAGGAACUCUUUCUUUCUACAGCGUCACUAAGACCAUGAAUCUCCUCCACAGAGUCCAGACCAGGUUCACUCAGCCUCUCUAUCCUGGUUUUUGGCUGGGAGCAUGUGUUGGAGACACUGUUGAGUUGUGUAAGUUAAAGUAGACCGGAGUGAUGACUGAUCUGUGGUGAACAGUAAAAUAAUAUAUGCUGAGAUGUGGCUGCACUCCUGAGGUCAAACUCUGUGGGUGAGAAUUUAAAAAAAAAUUGAAAAAUACAGCAUUUAUAAAAGCAGGUAUACUUAAAACAUAUGGAGAUUUUAUAACAAUAAAACUUGAGUUAGAAAGUGUUUUGAUUUAUUCAUUUAAAUAAACCUAUUAAUUUCUCUGACCACAAUCAUCUCCAAAAUGAAUGUAUUAUAAUGUAAGAAAAUGUCAUUAUAAUUUAUAUAUUCAUUAAUUUAAUGUCUAUAUUUGUUGCUUGGUAUUUUGUAUGCUGUGUAUUCUUCUUGUGUAUAUUGUGAAGCUGUUUUAAUGAUAUUACAAAAUCACAGCAGUAUUAAAUGUAAAUUUAAGCAUGUUUAAUUUAAGCCAUUCUGAAUAAUGACUAAAUUUACUUUUGGUACUUAAGUAGCUAUAAUGUUAUCACUAAUACUUUCAAACUUUACAAAUGCAGGAUUUUUAAUUGUUAUAGAAUAUAUUUAGUGUAAAAGCUCUGGUCAUCUUUUCUUCCACCGAGCCAAACGGUCCAGUUUUUUGUAACCUGCACAGCAGAAGAGCCACGCCUGAUGGUAAUGGGAAUAUUUAAAGCUGCAGUUAUUUCAGAUAGUUUUCCA